GACGCUGGAGUGUUCCUUCCCGCUGCAGACUGGAAAGGAGCCCCCUCUGGUGUUACAGGAAGGAGGCUGAAUGAGGCAGAGACGCUGAGCUCUGUCCGGGAGGCCCAGUUACAGCAGCUGGAGGCUGUGGGCCAGGGAGCAGGGAGCGAGGCCCAGUGCUCAGGAUGGCCAGGCAGCAGCCAUCGCCCUGGGUCCACACAGCCUUCCUCUUCUGCCUGCUCAGCCUCAGCGGGGCCAUCGAGAUUCCUAUGGAUCCAAGCAUUCAGAAUGAGCUGUCCCAGCCCCCAACCAUCACCAAGCAGUCAGUGAAGGACCACAUCGUGGAUCCCCGUGAUAACAUCUUGAUUGAGUGUGAAGCAAAAGGGAACCCUGCCCCCAGCUUCCACUGGACUCGCAACAGUAGGUUCUUCAACAUCGCCAAGGACCCCCGGGUGUCGAUGAGGAGGAGGUCUGGCACCCUGGUGAUCGACUUCCGCAGUGGCGGGCGGCCAGAGGAGUAUGAGGGGGAAUACCAGUGCUUUGCCCGCAACAAGUUUGGCACAGCCCUGUCCAAUAGGAUCCGCCUGCAGGUGUCCAAAUCUCCUCUGUGGCCCAAGGAAAACCUAGACCCUGUCGUCGUUCAAGAAGGUGCUCCCUUGACGCUCCAGUGCAACCCCCCACCCGGACUUCCGUCCCCAGUCAUCUUCUGGAUGAGCAGCUCCAUGGAGCCCAUCACCCAGGACAAGCGUGUCUCCCAGGGCCAUAACGGAGACCUGUAUUUCUCUAAUGUGAUGCUGCAGGACAUGCAGACGGACUACAGCUGCAAUGCCCGCUUCCACUUCACCCACACCAUCCAGCAGAAGAACCCAUUCAACCUCAAAGUCCUUACCACCCGAGGAGUUGCAGAAAGAACACCCAGCUUCAUGCAUCCCCAGGGCACCGCGAGCAGUCAGAUGGUGCUGCGUGGCAUGGACCUCCUGCUGGAGUGCAUCGCCUCCGGGGUCCCAACACCAGACAUCGCAUGGUACAAGAAAGGUGGGGACCUCCCAUCUGACAAGGCCAAGUUUGAGAACUUUAACAAGGCCCUGCGUAUCACCAACGUGUCCGAGGAAGACUCUGGGGAGUAUUUCUGCCUGGCCUCCAACAAGAUGGGCAGCAUCCGGCACACGAUCUCGGUGAGAGUAAAGGCUGCUCCCUACUGGCUGGACGAACCCAAGAACCUUAUCCUGGCUCCUGGCGAGGACGGGAGACUGGUGUGUCGAGCCAAUGGGAACCCCAAGCCCACCGUCCAGUGGAUGGUGAAUGGGGAACCUUUACAAUCGGCACCACCCAACCCAAACCGUGAGGUGGCCGGGGACACCAUCAUCUUCCGGGACACCCAGAUCAGCAGCAGGGCCGUGUACCAGUGCAACACCUCCAACGAGCACGGCUACCUGCUGGCCAACGCCUUCGUCAGCGUGCUGGACGUGCCGCCUCGGAUGCUGUCACCCCGGAACCAGCUCAUCAGGGUGAUCCUGUACAACCGGACGCGGCUGGACUGCCCGUUCUUUGGGUCUCCCAUCCCCACACUCCGAUGGUUUAAGAAUGGGCAAGGAAGCAACCUGGAUGGUGGCAACUACCAUGUCUACGAGAACGGCAGUCUGGAAAUCAAGAUGAUCCGCAAAGAGGACCAAGGCAUCUACACCUGUGUUGCCACCAACAUCCUGGGCAAAGCUGAGAACCAGGUCCGCCUGGAGGUCAAAGACCCCACCAGGAUCUACCGGAUGCCUGAGGACCAGGUCGCCAAAAGGGGCACCACGGUGCAGCUGGAGUGUCGCGUGAAGCACGACCCCUCCCUGAAGCUCACAGUCUCCUGGCUGAAGGACGACGAGCCCCUCUACAUCGGGAACAGGAUGAAGAAGGAAGAGGACUCCCUGACCAUCUUUGGUGUGGCCGAGCGGGACCAGGGUAGCUACACGUGCGUUGCCAGCACCGAGCUGGACCAAGACCUGGCCAAGGCCUACCUGACCGUGCUAGCUGAUCAGGCCACUCCAACUAACCGUUUGGCUGCCCUGCCCAAAGGACGGCCAGAGCGACCCCGGGACCUGGAGCUCACCGACCUGGCCGAGAGGAGCGUGAGACUGACCUGGAUCCCGGGGGACGAUAACAACAGCCCCAUCACAGACUACGUUGUCCAGUUUGAAGAGGACCAGUUCCAGCCAGGGGUCUGGCAUGACCAUUCCAAGUUCCCAGGCAGUGUCAACUCAGCCGUCCUCCAGCUGUCCCCCUAUGUCAACUACCAGUUCCGGGUCAUUGCCAUCAAUGAGGUGGGCAGCAGCCAUCCCAGCCUCCCGUCCGAGCGCUACCGAACCAGUGGAGCACCCCCUGAGUCCAACCCCUCUGAUGUGAAGGGAGAGGGGACCAGAAAGAACAACAUGGAGAUCACGUGGACGCCGAUGAAUGCCACCUCCGCCUUUGGCCCCAACCUGCGCUACAUCGUCAAGUGGCGGCGGAGAGAGACCCGAGAGACCUGGAACAAUGUCACUGUGUGGGGCUCCCGCUAUGUGGUGGGGCAGACCCCCGUCUACGUGCCCUAUGAGAUCCGAGUCCAGGCAGAAAAUGACUUUGGGAAGGGCCCUGAACCAGGCACUGUCAUCGGUUACUCCGGAGAAGAUUAUCCCAGGGCUGCACCCACUGAUGUUAAAAUCCGAGUCCUGAACAGCACAGCCAUCAGCCUGCAGUGGAACCGCGUCUACCCCGACACGGUCCAGGGCCAGCUCAGAGAGUACCGAGCCUACUACUGGAGGGAAAGCAGCUUGCUGAAGAGCCUGUGGGUGUCUCAGAAGAGGCAGCAAGCCAGCUUCCCCGGCGACCGCCUCCGUGGCGUGGUGUCCCACCUCUUCCCCUACAGUAACUACAAGCUGGAGAUGGUUGUGGUCAAUGGGCGAGGCGAUGGGCCUCGCAGUGAGACCAAGGCGUUCACCACCCCGGAAGGAGUACCCAGUGCCCCCAGGCGUUUCCGAGUCCGGCAGCCCAACCUGGAGACAAUCAACCUGGAAUGGGAUCAUCCAGAACACCCCAAUGGGAUCCUGACUGGAUAUACUCUCAAAUACGUGGCCUUUAAUGGAACCAAAGUAGGAAAGCAGAUAGUGGAAAACUUCUCUCCCAAUCAGACCAAGUUCACGAUGCAAAGAGCAGACCCCGUGUCGCGCUACCGCUUUUCCCUCAGUGCCAGGACGCAGGUGGGCUCUGGGGAAGCAGUCACAGAGGAGUCACCAGCACCCCCGAAUGAAGCUGCUCCAACCGCAGCUCCUCCCACGUCGCCCCCGACCACGGUGGGUGUGACGGGCACGGUGGGCAGUACUGAUGCCACUGCCACUGCUGCCACCACUGAAGCCACAACAGUCCCCACCAUCCCAACUGUCGCACCCUCCACCAUCGCCACCACCACCGUCGCCACAACUACUGCAACCACUGCCGCCGCCACCACCACCACGGAGAGUCCUCCCACCACCACCAGGACUAAGAUUCAAGAAUCCGCCCCCGAUGAGCAGUCCAUCUGGAACGUCACAGUGCUCCCCAACAGUAAAUGGGCCAACAUCACCUGGAAGCACAAUUUCGGGCCCGGAACUGACUUUGUGGUUGAGUACAUCGACAGCAACCGUACGAAAAAAACUGUCCCUGUUAAGGCCCAGGCCCAGCCCAUACAGCUGACAGACCUCUAUCCCGGGAUGACAUACACGUUGCGAGUUUAUUCCCGGGACAACGAGGGCAUCAGCAGUACCGUCAUCACCUUUAUGACCAGUACAGCCUACACCAACAACCAGGCGGACAUCGCCACCCAGGGCUGGUUCAUUGGGCUCAUGUGCGCCGUCGCCCUCCUCGUGCUGAUCCUGCUCAUCGUCUGUUUCAUCAAGAGGAGUCGAGGCGGCAAGUACCCAGUGCGAGAAAAGAAGGAUGUUCCCCUUGGCCCUGAAGACCCCAAAGAAGAGGAUGGCUCCUUUGAUUACAGUGACGAGGACAACAAGCCCCUGCAGGGCAGCCAGACGUCCCUGGAUGGCACCAUCAAGCAGCAGGAGAGUGAUGACAGCCUGGUGGACUAUGGCGAGGGCGGCGAGGGACAGUUCAAUGAGGACGGCUCCUUCAUCGGCCAGUACACAGUCAAAAAGGACAAGGAAGAGACAGAGGGCAACGAAAGCUCAGAGGCCACAUCUCCUGUCAACGCCAUCUAUUCUCUGGCCUAACAGAGCCCCCCAGGCACAGCCACUACUUUGCAAGUAGAAGGAGGGGAGAGGGGGAGACGAGCCGCUGCAGACCUACCACAAAGCCGCCACCACCUUCAGGGACAAGGGUACAACAUGGGAGUCUGCCAAGCUGUGAGGACCAGUGACCACCCAGCCAACCGCAAGCCCCCUCCCGAUGACCCCCCCCCGGGGUGCCACCGGUGGGCGAGCUGGAGCCAUGGCUAAGCUCAGCUGGAGGGAGCCCAGGUCCCUUGCUCAGCCUCACAGCCACCCCCAGCCUCUACCCACACUGCCUGCCCUUGACCUCAACACACACACUCACCAGUUUCUGUUGGUUACGGUACUUACUCAUUGUCUUUAUUUUUGCUUUGUGGGUCUUCUCCUCCAGACCCAACAUCUCCAUUUUCUUUUCCUUUUGAAGAAAUGUCCCUGGAAAAAAAGAAAGAAUAGGUGGAUUCUCCCCCAGGAAACUGCAAAGAUAGGCAAAAAAAAGGAUUGAUCCGUAAACGAACAUAUAGAAAAGCUAUAGUAUUCAAACCGCGGCUGGGCCAACGUAUUUCCGAAGGAUGCCUUUCUCGCCAGAUGCCUCCCCUGGCCCCCAACCCAUCCACCUCAGCCUUGUCAGUUGCUGAGCUGGGCUUGGCUCCUUUCUGGAAAAUGACAGUAUUUUUGGCAGGGAGAGGGUCAGCAGGCCUCCUUGCCUUGCUCUGGUUCAGUUGGGAGGUGGGCUUACCUCUUGCCCCUCACUCUUACCCUGCCCCUUCCUCUGGAGUGUCUGAGACAAAAGCUGCACUGACUGAAGGAGUUUAAGGAACAGGAGUGGGAAGGACUUCAGCUCCAGUGACUGUGUACCUCAAGCAGAGGAGAACCAGGAAUCUGUCCCUAGGGAGCUGUGCCCACCUCGAGAGAGAAGGAAAGGGCUAGGUUUGGACUUCAUUCCUCCCCAUCAGUGAAAGGAUGUGGGAGAGAGGACCACACCCACUGCAUCCAGAGUAGAGGGUGCCUCCCACCUGGUCAGGGUCUGUGCUGCUGCCCUCCAGGAGAUGGACCCCUGCGACGUGAAGGCUGUGCUGGUGUGCUUGGGGGUGGAAAGCACUGCUCCCCCUUUCGUCUCUAGCGGAUAGCAGCUCCUCAGUUCUGUAUGAUGUUGAAACUGGUGUUUUGUGGCGUGUGGAUGGGGCCCUGCUGCCCCCAAGACUGAGCCGGUGUGUCCUUUCCUUAGGGUAUUUACCUAUCAGGAGACACCAUCCUCCACCCCCCCGCAGGAACACGGCACUAACAGUGCUGUAAAGCCUGGCCUGGGAGUGCUCUUCGUAUGCCUUAUGCAGCUCUGACCUGUCCCGGCAGUUCCCAGGUUCCCAGCCCCUCCCUGCAAGCCUUGAAGCCUCCAGUGACAUCUGUCUCAAGGAGAAUGGGGCGGCCUAUGCAAGCGUCACAGCAGAACCAGAAGCAGCCACUCAGAAUGUGCCCUGCAGCCCAUUGCCCCAGAUGGAGACACUCGCAGACCUGCAGUUCUCUGAGACCCAAGGCACUGCCUUCAUGCUCCCCACCUAUUCCAUUUUGAAACCAAAGGUACCUAGCCUCAGAGAGAGAGAGACCUAGAGCCUAAGAGUAACCCUUCAGCUGUUGCUGCAGCUAAAGUCGGUUUCAGGAGGAUGAAGCUGACCCCCAGUAGUGGACCACCUGCCACAGACACAGCCUCUGAUUGGAGCCUCGAGCUUCUUGCGAGGCGACCUGGGCAGGAGCAGGGCUGUGUCCUUCAGAGACGUUAUUAAAGCAUCGUUUGCCACAUGUUUAAGCCACAAAGGUAUUAGCAAUGCUUGCAUCACUUAAUAAUCAGUCAGUUGAAGGUCAAGCCCAUCGGCACACCUACUCUGUCUGCAGGUGAGAAAAUGUAGCCCAGAGCUGAGCCAGUUAUGUUGUCUGAACCUGAGCGAGUAACUGUCCUUUGGUCCAAGCCGUAGCCAGGUGUGCUGCCCGGAAGCCUGGGGGGCAGCUCUCUCGUGAUGAUAGGAGACAGGGUGAAUAGCAGGGGGCUAGGAAGCCAGCUCAGGGGUCCCCUCCCCUGGCUUUCCUCCUCCACCUGCCUGGAUACUGCUGGGCAUUCCUGUAGCCUAGGGAAUGUCAGGGAAGUGUGCCUGCGAGCUGGAUUAAAGGACCGGCCUUUCCAGAAAACACUCUGGAUCUGAGCAGAGCAGUCCGUCUCUCGGGCCCUCAUUCCGUAUUGCACGGUCCGCACUAGUAAACUCAUUGCACCGGAAGUAAGCUCUUUAGGCAGGAUGGGCCGUAAGAUGUCACACCCGUCCCCUUGCCUCAGGAAGGUCCUCCACACAACUGAUGAUGGGGGAAGGGCUGACAGUCGUGGAACUGAGUCUUGGGACAGAGUGGCAUUGGUUGGGGGUACUCAGUGCUUAACCGCCAGUGGCUCCAGGCUCAAAGGGAAGAGCUUUGGAGGGGGAACUUGGUCCUGAAGGCUGGGCAAGACAGGGGCAGUCCUGCAUCCUGAGCCUCGCUUCUCUGCCCCUUGGGGCAAGUUGCUGAACUUGUCUGUAUUUUGGUGCCUCUGUCUCCUCUAGUCAGUCCCUCCUUUGAAAACCUGUCCCCACAGAGGGGCACGGGCCCAGCUAAAGGAGCGGGGAGGCCAGUGUCUGGGGAGGUCACCACUGCAGGGCCGGGGGACAGCUGCCUCUCACCUUGCCUGGGUCGUGGUGAAUGGGACCCUUCUUUCCUUACCUUGCUUUUGGGGAGAUGGUUGAGUUUCAGCUGAAAACUAGCCGCUUCCCUCGUCCGUUGCCUUUGCCCUGAGGGGUCGGAGGCAUUUGGUCUACCCCCUUCCUGGCGGGUCCCAAGGUCCAAGAGGCUGCCGGUGCCAGUACUGCUCACCCUGCAAGGGGACCGCAGCCUGGGCCCAGACAGUGCUUUCAUGGUUUCUGUGCACGCAGUUAGCCCUGGAAAAGGGGUGGGAACAGACCCACAGAUGUCUGUGGCUUUUCCAGCUGCUGGACUGCCUCCCUGCACAGCCGGCAGCUGCACCGGCACACUCACGGCAGACCUAGGCCCCUUUGCAGGGCGGCACUUUCGGGGGAACAAUCCAGAUUACGACCUUGUCUUGAAGAGGAUGAGUCCAUAGCCAGGCCCGCUGGAGAUGAAAUGUAAAGGGCUGUGUGGGGUGCCGUGCACAACUCAGGGCAGGGGAAGGAGGCUGCCCAAGCUGGGCCCCACUUGGGCAAUUCUUGGAGGCCAAACCAAGAGAGACAGAGUCUGAUCCGAAGGAGAGCGAAUUUUCCCCAGGAACAGCACAGGCAGCAGCUUUUUAAGGCUCCUGGGGCUCUUUGCAGUAUCAGAGCCAAGUCACAGAGCAUCCCAAACAGCCCGUGUGACGAGAGCCGUGGGGAUUUCACACACUCUUGCCUCAGUCUUUGCAAGGCUGCUCCACUAACACGCUGAAAAGGGGAGGCUUCCUGGGCUCUCAGCUGGUGGGGCUGGUGUCAGGAAUCACUUCUCGGUGGGGGGGCACAGAGCCCACUCCCCGCCCGCCCGCGAUACCUCAGUCACCACUGCGGCAGCCCCUGCCACACACACACAAGCCCGUGUUGUAAAUCGUUCCACCCAGCUAGGUCCACUGGAAAGAAAUCACCCUGUGGAUCCUGGUUGAUCUUUACAUGGUGGCUUAAGAGUAGCAUAUAGGGAGAUCCCUGAUUAAAAUAGAAAACCAGAGGAGUCAAACGAAUGAAACAAAGAGCUUGAAAUGUCAGGAGGACACUCAGUGCCCCGGUCAGAGCCCGACUCCUGGGCAGCCCCUCCUUGACACCAGGCAGGGGCCACCCCAUGGGAGUUCAAGCCAACCUUGUGGCUGUCCCCAGCCUGCCCAGCCCAAGCCAGGGCAGUGCCCUUUCCUUCCCUCCCCUACUAAGAACGGGUCCUGAGAAGGAGCAGAGGGAAAGGAGGACAGCUGUCCAGGGAAGCCACCAGACCCCACCACCCAGUGUGUCAAGCCACACCCAAAACCAGUGUCCCUCUAGCAGUACAUUAGUAUUAAAUGGAUGUUUUGUAAUGAUAAGGAUGGAAGGGAAAUAGGUACAAAGCUGUCUAGCUUAAGACAGGAUCAGAUUUCAGCGUGCAGAGGGAUCACAGAGCUGAUCUCAUUGAAAGUACGCAUCUAAGCUAAAAUCCAGGGAGGUAAAGGGACUUGCCCGAGGUCACACAGCUAGUAAAUCAAGGUGAGGUAGGGCUUGAGCUCAGGCCUUCUGACUCCUUGUUCAGUGUUCUUUCAUCUCACUGCAGCUGCCGCCUUGGGAACAGCGGUGUUACUUAAGAUCUGGCCUUCUGGUUCACUGUCUCCCACGUCUCUUUCCUCUUCUCCCGCAUCCCCAUACACCUCCGCAGAUGAAAUCAGGGGAUUUUUCUGAGUCCCAGAUCAGCCAGUCUGUGCCAGCCUGUGGUGAACCAGCCAUGCUGUUAAGGGAGACCCAAGCCAGGAGAAGAGAGUGACGAGCUGAUUGGUGUUUGUCACCAUGAAGCCUAGAGUAUCCCCUAGGGUGGUGUCUCUCGCUUCGUAACACAUCGGGCCCCCAGCAUACUGUGUCCCUCGGAAGAGCGGGUGUGGAGGGCGCUGUCCCCUCCGCCCCCGGCCGCAGGGUGCCGAGGGGCAGCAGGGCCCAUGGAAGCUCCACCCCCAGGAUCUGCUGGGCUGGAGGUCAGCACGUGUAAAGACUUCAGUGAAGCAAUAAAUACAAAAAUCUGGGAGAAGAAAUCCAGAAUUUUGUGCACGUCUCUGUUUCUUUUUCAAAAAGGAUGCAGAUCAGGUGACCCUGCCCUGCUCUCCUUUCUGAUUCCCAAAUUCGACGUCCUCAGUCAGUGUUGUCCCUCUGCCCAGCUCCCAGCUCUUUGCCAACCUCACAUCCUCCUGCACUGAGCAUCAGUUGCCUGUGACGUGGCCGCCUUCUGUCCUGGUCCCACCCUCACCCAUGCUGGGCCCUGGAGGACCUCUUGCCCUUCACCUCCCUUCAACGCACACAUUUUCCAGUUCGUUCCUUUCAGUGGGGAAAUCUUUUCCGAAUGUCUCCAUCCCUUCCCACCUACCCACACACCCACAAAUUGGUCUGAUCUUUUCUUUCAUUGGUUAAAUAUUUAACUCACCUUGGCACACCUUGUUUUAACCCCUCUCACAUCGUGUUCUUUCCUUUUUGCGAGUUGCUUUGCAUUAACCAACGUUGUCAGUGACAGAUGCAUAUCUGAGGGUGUCACGCUCGACCUUCAGCAGGGAAGGCUUCUGGGUCGUGAGGACCAUCUAAUAUGUGGACUUAUAAACUGACUGCAUGAGCAAUGAAAAGGCCAAAUUAUUCAGAAUUUUUUUUGAAUCACUGUAAAAAAAAAAAAAACUGAUUUCUUUUGUAU